ACUCUGAAAAAAGAGAAUUAAGUAGUCAACAAAUGGGACCAAAUCAUAACGACUUUAAGUGUGUAAAAGUGCAGCUAGAGAUUUGCGAGAUUCAGGCUGAACGCGAGCAGCAAAAGCUGCAGCUGGAGCUGGUGGAGCAGCUGGCGACCGAUAAAGCGCAAGCCUCAAAAUAGGAGCGUCGAUCUCGUCGACAGCAGCGUCACCAGCACAGCCCAGUGACGGAUCGAAGAUGUCGGCGCGCAAACCAGUAGUGGGAGCGGUAGUGGGAGUAGGAGCAGGAGCAGGAGCAGGAGCAGGAGCAAAGCCUGAUAAUAAUAAUGCAUCGCCCACACUUGAGCUGGAUGCGGCCCCAGGCGAGGAUGGAGCAGCAGCUGGGGAUGCAUCAACAGCAGCCACAGCAGCAUCAGCAUCAGCUGGAGAUGCAGCUGAGGCAGCUGCUCCAGCUGAUGAAGCUGAACAGGAAGCGGAUAAGAAUAAAGACCAGGACACUGACCUGAUAGAACGACAUAGUGAUCCCUCGCCACUGAUCACAGAAUGCGGCACGCCGCGAAAGUCAUGCUCCGAGACCCUGGCCGCCAAGAAUGUGCGCGUGACGCGUCACUCGUCGCCUUUGCUGCUGCACAGCUCUUCGCCGACGAGCAAGCGAGAUGCGCGAGAGACACUCGAACCGGCGGCAGCGGCAGCGGGAACGUCAGCUGGCAGCGAUAACGAGGAGCUGCCCAGUGGCAGCAGCCAAAGAAAGGGCUCAGCGGAGCGGCAAAGCGGCAACCUGCCGAUAAUACGCGGCCGCAAGUCCAUCAAGGAGCUAAAAGAAGCCAAAGAAGUAGCCGCCAAGCCAGCGGAAGAGCUGCUGGUCAAGGAGGAGUCCAGCGAUGCAAUGGAACUCGAUGAGCAGGGGCAGGAGCAGGAUCAGGCAGCAAAAGAGCCGAAAGAAACGAAAGACACAAAAGACAAUGCCAAUACAAAGCUAAGCGAAAAGGAUAAGGACGCCAAGGAUACCCCAAAGGACUCCAAAGAUAAGGAGAAGGAGAAGGAGAAGGAAAAGGAAACGACACCCACGCCCACAACGCCAGCUACAGCAGCGACAACAACAACAACUACAACAACAGCAUCAACUCCAACCACGUGCAAUCGCGUCACACGCAAAGCGCACGCCCAGGAGCUGGCGCUGGCCAACAACAACAACAACACGCGCGUCACCCGCAAUCGCCGCCAGUCAUCGACGGUGAACAACGAGCCACAGCUGCCUGCGCGCGGCCGAAGAAAAAAGCCAGCGCCGCCAGAGCCAACCAAGGAGCAGCUGCUCAAGCGCAAGCGCUCCGACGAUGACGCCGAACUGGGCCUCAAGUAUGCCAAGGUUGAGGUCAAGGAUGAUGAGGAUGAGACCGAGUCCACAAGUGCCGCGGAUGAGGCCAAAUCCAGCGCGUUGAGCAUUAAGCUGGAGCCCCCGGACAGCGAGGAGCCGCAAUCACCCGCUGCUACGCCUACGCCGCAAUCAGCCCAUCGACGCGGACGCGGCAGGCCGCAGACCAAGGGAACACCCACCGCCACAGCCAGCGCUGCCAGCACGCGCGCAACACGUCACAGCAAAGCGGGCUCGCCGGGCUUGUUGGCCGCGACAACAACGACAACGCCCGCGGAGCCAACGCCGCCGAAGCGGCGGCGCGUGGGCUCGGCAAAUCGCAGCCUGCUGGCUGCCAAGGCGGCAUCUGCCAGCUCAAGUUCGCUGGCCGCCAGUUCUGCUGGCGGCGCUGCCGGCGACGAGGACUCCAAGGACAGUCUGACCUCCACCUCCAUGGACGAUCUGCUGCUGGCCGCCACGGAGAUCAAACAGGAGAAACUGGCGCUCGAUUUCGACGAGAGUCUCGAUGCGGUUGCUAAGACCACAGAGCCGGAGUCCGAGCUCGCUGAGCAGGCGCAGGCCUCCACCUCGAUUGCAGCGGCUGCCAAUGGCACUGAGCCGCUGACCGUGGAUACAGAAACGGUGAAAAGCACUGAGGAUGCACUGCAGCAGCAGAUCGCUGGCGUCCCGGCCGAGGGCGAGGGUGAAGCCGAAGCCGAAACUGAAUCGAAUGAGGCUGCCAAGGCGCCCUCGCUGAGCCCCGAGAUGAUCAGUGAAGGCGUCAGCGCCAUUAGCGUUAAGCAGUUCUACAAGAAGCCCGAGUUUCUGGCCAACAAUCUGGGCAUCGAGAAGGACCCGGAGCUGGGCGAGAUUGUGCAAAUUGCAAGCGAGACGCAAACAGUAAAUGCUGCGGCGGCGACAGCAGCACCUCCUGAUGAAGAGGAGCCUCUCCCGGCAGAUGGGGUUGUAAUUGAGCUCGAAACGGAGGCAGAGACGGAGCUGGAGGGUAAACUGAACGACUCCUGUGCUGGGAGCAUGGGUGAGCUGCGCGUGGACGAAAGCGGCGAUGAGACGGAGCAGGAGGCACAAAAGCCAACAGCAGCAGCUGGAGCGGCAGCAGCAGCAGCAGUAGUUGAUGCUGUCAGCUCGCCGGGCGAGCUUAAUGGUGAGGUCGAGGAGCUGCCGGCCAAGGCAGAUGACUAUGAUGACUUUGAAAGCGAGAUUAUGGAGCAGCUGGCCAAGGAGGGCGUCGUGGAUGCCAGCGGUAACGCGCUAAGCGCCAGCAAGCUCCAGCAGGAGCAGGACCACGAGGAGCAGCAACAGCAGCAGAAGCAGCAGGAGUCGUCAAUGGCAACCAUUGAAUGUGAUACGGCUCAGUUGGCGGCGGAGCUGGAUGUGCAAGCCGAAAAGAAGCUGCCCGCCGAAAUGGUGCUCACCUUGGAGGUGGAGCCAUUGACCGAGGAGCAGGAAGCCGAAGCGAAUGCUGUGGCCGAUGAUGACACCGACAUGCAAAUCCUAACCGAAGACUGCGCAGAAUAUCCCGAGGAGAACAAGGAGAAUGUGUCCACGGCCACAACAGAUGCCAUUGCCGUUGCCGUUGGUGUUGCAUCUGCCGUCAGUCCAGAUGCCGUCAUGGAACUGGAACUGGCGCUCAAGACAGAAGAUGGCACCGCCGCCAAGCUCGAACAGGAUCUGGCCGACCUGGAGGAGGAGAAGCCGCUGGCAGCCGUCGCAGCCGAGCAGAAGCAACUGCCCAAAACUGAGGCCAAUGGCAAACUCAAAAUGCUGACGGAUGGCGACGAUGAGCUGCGCCGCGAAAAGGAACGCCAUCUGCAGCAUCUCGGCCUGCUGACACACCAGGCCGCCGAGCAGCUGCGCCAGGAGUACAUACACACGCACACGCGCGCCGUCCACCAACAGCAACAGCAGCAGCAUCAGCAGCAACAACAACAACAGCAGCAGACCGGCAAGCGGUCAGCAGGCAAAGGUGGCAGCGCCGCGCACAUCGAGUCCAGCGGCACCCUGAAGACGGUCAUCAAGCUGAAUCGCAGCAGCAAUGGCGGCGCCGGCGGCGCAACGGGCGUGCCCACCGGCACAGUUAUCCACGGCGGCCCAGUCGCUGGCAUCAGCACAACGGCAGCUGUUGCCAGCAGCAUGGGCAGCGCGACACGCAAAGGCGGCAUCGCUGGCGCAGCGGCCAGCUCGACGCACGGUGUGCGUCGCCAGUCGCUCAAGAUGACAUUCCAAAAGGGACGCGCACGCGGGCACGGCGCUGCCGACCGUGCCGCUGAUCAGCAUGGCACCCAUGCCGAGGACUCCUACUACACCAUACAGAACGAGAACGAAGGUGCGAUCAAUCGAAACAAUUUGAAUACGGGUAACGUGGGCCGCAAGACAACUAAUCGUUUUAGCCACACUAACAACCACAACAAUCACAACAACAACAGCACCAGCAGCAGCAAUCAGCAGCAACAACAGAAACAGCACAACAACAACAACGCGUCCUCCAGAAAUUGCCUGGAUUCAUCGCAUUCGGAGGGUCACGGCGGUCAAGUGGAGCACGGCUUCUAUCAGAUGGUGAAGAAGGAUGAGAAGGAGAAGAUUCUGAUACCGGAGAAGGCGUCCUCGUUCAAGUUUCAUCCGGGUCGCCUGUGCGAGGACCAGUGCUACUAUUGCAGCGGCAAAUUUGGACUAUACGAUACGCCCUGCCACGUCGGCCAGAUCAAGUCCGUGGAGCGCCAGCAGAAGAUACUUGCAAACGAGGAGAAGCUGACGGUGGACAAUUGCCUGUGCGACGCCUGCUUCCGCCAUGUGGAUCGUCGCGCCAAUGCGCCCUCCUACAAAAAGCGUCUCUCGGCGCCCGGCCACCUCGAGACGGGCAACAACAACAACAACGGCAGCAACACCACCAUGGGCGUGGGCGGCGGCAAUGGCAACAGUAUGGACAAACAUUUCACGGGAGAUGCUGGCGAUGCGGAGUUUGCAACGACCUCGUCGGGCGCCGUCUCCGGAUCGGCGGCACAGCGUGUUUGCGCUGUCAAGGAUUGCGCGGAUGCGGCCAGCCAUUCGCUGCGGCGCAAAUGCGUUCGCAAGAGCGUCAAGAAGUGCCUGCUCAACUUCGAGAUACCGGCGGGCACCUCGAGCGUCUGGCUCUGUGAGCCCCACUACAAUACGGUCAUCCAGUCGUCCGGCUGUGUGCUGUGCAAGCGUCGUCUGGGCAAGAAUCACAUGUACCACAUUACCUCGCAGGACACGGAUCGCUUGGAAAAGGCGCUCUGCGAGAUGGGCAUACCCGUGCAGCUGGGCGUCGGCACCGCCGUCUGCAAGCUGUGCCGCUAUUUUGCCAAUCUGCUGAUGAAACCGCCGGACAGCACCAAGUCACAGAAGGCCGAGUUUGUCAAGAACUAUCGCAAGAGGCUCCUUAAGGUGCACAAUCUGCAGGAUGGCAGCAACGAGGCAUCCGAGGUGGAUGAGGAGGAUGCCAACGCCGGAUGCAGUGCCUCAACUGGCGCCGGCACGGCUCCAGCGGCUAGCGCCUGUGAUGAUGCCUCCAGCGAAAUGCCCAUGGUGGUGGACUAUGAUGGCCCCACGGAUUCCAAUUCGAGCAGCUCCUCAACAACGCCCAUCGGGCAUGCGGUCAGCGCCAGCAAACAAAUGUCUAAGCUGCAGGCCAUACUCCAGCAGAAUUUGGCUGGCGAUGCGACAGCUACAGCCACAGCCACAGGCAACUCCAAUUCCAAUUCCAAUGCGAAUGUCAAUGCCAAUGCCAAUGCCAAUGCUAAGGGCAAGGCCGGUGCCGACAUUUCGAAUGUGCUGCGCGGCAAUCCGAACAUCUCGAUGCGUGAACUUUUCCACGGCGAGGAGGAUCUGGGCGUGCAGUUUAAGGUGCCCUUCGGCAGCAGCAGCAGCCAGCGCACGCCGGAGGGCUGGACGCGCGUCCAAACGUUCCUGCAGUACGAUGAGCCGACGCGCCGCCUCUGGGAGGAGCUGCAGAAGCCGUACGGCAAUCAGAGCUCCUUUUUGCGCCAUCUCAUACUGCUGGAGAAGUAUUAUCGCAAUGGCGACCUCGUGCUUGCCGCGCACGCCUCCUCCAAUGCCAGCGUUUAUACGCAGACCGUGCGACAGCGUCUCAAUUCCUAUGAUCAUGGUCAUUGCGGUGGCUUCCAAAGCAAUGCCAAGACAAAUGCCGCCGCCGUCGCCGCUUCCUCCUCCUGCUCCUCCUAUUCCUCCUCCUCACCGAAUGCUGCCAACCCGCCAGCCAAUGCCAGUCAAUCCUGUUCGCCCAAUGCUAGCAACAGCAACAACAACAACAACAGCAGCAGCGGCAGCAGCAGCGUGCUCGCCAACGCCCUGACCACGCCCCAGGGCAGCAAUAACAGCGGCAUGGAACAGCCGUCUGGCCAGCCGGAGCCCAUUAUUCCGCUGGUGGAGCUGAACGAUGAUGAUGACGAUGACGAGGAUGCGGACAAGGAGGAUACGGCCGACUAUGCGCCAGAGUGCGGACUGUUGCCGCUGGACCGACUGCGCACUGUCUCCGUAGACAAGCUGACCAAGCAGCUCAGCUCCAAUGCGGUAACCAUCAUAGCGCGACCCAAAGACAGCGCCAAAGCCACAGCUGGAGCGACUGGAACAACAGCUACAGCGUUGCCAGCAGCAGCAGCAGCUGUCGGCGAGGAAUCGUCGCCGGUGAAAGCGGCUCUGCAAGCCAAGGAUGCGCCACCGCUGGUGCCCACCAAUGCGUCCAAUAGCCGCAGCAUACUCAAGACCAAUCUGCUCGGCAUAAACAAGGCGGUGGAAAUUGUGCCGCUCGCAACCAGUCAGCACCAACAACAACAGCAACAACAGCAACAGCAGCAGCAGCAGUCGCAUUCCAAUCAUAAGUCCGCGUCUGCAUCCAACGAGAAGCCGCACAAGCUGCUGGACAUGGCCAACAAGCUGGUGAGCAGCCAUAGCCACAACGAGCUGCCGCAGCAGCAGCAGCAGCCGAAGUCUAAGCCGAUGUUGGCCAACGCCGCGCCCACAAUUCUACAACAGCAGCCGACACCAAAGCCGCCGCCCAAUGUGGCGCAGCUGCUCAGCUCGCCGCCGGAGCUGAUUAGUCUGCAGCGUCGCCGCACGAGUGCCGCCAAUUCGGCAAGUGCCGCUACGCUGCCAACGCUGGCGGGCAAACGGCUGCAGCUGCCGCGCGCAGCCGGCGGGGGCUCAGGAUCAGGCUCAGGUUCGGGCGCGGGCUUAGGCUCAGGUUCGGGAUCUGGUGCGCCCAGUGUGAUUAUGCUACCGGAUAAGCUGACGCCGCAGGAGCGGCACGAGAGCAAGAGCUGGAAGCCGACGCUGAUACCGCUCAAGGAGCAGCACAAGGUGCCGAGUAAGUCGCCAACGCUGUUCCAAACAGCCGACGGGCGACGUCUGCCCGCCCAGGUGCAGGUCCAGUCCGGUGGCAAGCCAUACCUCAUCUCAAUCAUUGACUACAAUCGCAUGUGCAUCUUGCGGCGUGAGAAGCUCUUGCGCGACAUGACCAAAAUAGACGCAGCCAAGCAAACUGCACGCCAGCAGCUGCAGCAGCUCCAACAGCAACAUCAACAACAGCUGCAACAUCAACAACAUCAUCAACAACAUCAACAACAGCAGCAACAGCAACACAAACAACAGCAACACAAACAUCAACAGCUGCCAACACUGCAGCCGGGCGGAGUUGCCGCCGGCAGCGCAUUGCGACUGGCACGGCUCGCACCGAAGCCCAUGCCGCCGCUGAGCAAUCCACAGAAUGCCAGUGGAGCGGCCGGUGGCGCCCAGUCACAAUCACAAUCGCAAUCACAGUCACAAGCGCAGUCAUCGCCAGCCAGCUUUCAGCCGAUGCUCAGCAAUGCGCUGGCUGCGGCAGCCGCAACGGCUGCGGCGGCGGCGGCAAACAACAGCAGCGUCAGCCUGGAUAGCAACAGCUCCUGGCUGUGGAAGAACUUUCCGGAUGCCAAUCAGUAUAUAUUGAAUGGUGCUGCCGCCGCCGCCGCAGCAGCAGCGGCCAAUAAAUUCCCGCAUCUGACGGCCAAGCCGGCGACGGCAACGAGCUCUGCGGGCGGCGGAGGAGGAGGAUUGGGUGGCAUCACAUUUACCCUGAAGCAGCAGCAGCAACAACAGCAGCAGCAGAAGCUCAUCGACAAUGUCAUCAUGUCCAAGAUACCCAAAAGUCUCACGGUGAUACCACAGCACAUGGGCGGCGGCGGCGGAGGAUUAGGAGGAACAGCAACCAAUGAUGCCGGCGGGCACAAAGAUUGAUGAUUGGCCCGAUGCCUGAACCAACUACAGUUAGAACUCAAUCCUGCCAGUGAGAGGAAAGCGAAUCAACCAGAAACUAAUAAGUAUAAGCGAAACCAGAACGAGGCGGAGCAGGAGCAGGAGAAGAACAAGCAAAAGCAAAUGCAUUUCAAAA